UCGGCGUCGUGAUGGGCGGCUGCUGAUCUACGAGAGGCGAUGCGCAAAGCAGCGAUCCUCGCAGCAAAAUUGUUGGGUCGUUGGCUGGAGCAUCCCUCCUAUGCUCCUUUUCUACAACGACCUGGGCCCCAUCUCCACCGCUUCGUAAUCGCCGCCCAAUUACAAACCUACCGUCAUCGACAGCAGUUCAUUUUGUUCCGAUUUCGCUGAAUUCUGCUGUCUUACUCGGACUUUAUUAUCUACAGGACGUUCUCUCCAUAAUCCCAUCUCAGAGGCACUAAAAUUGACGUCAAUAUGAGCUCUUCCUGUUCAUUUUGAGACGCAUCUCUAGAUUUCUCCUUAGAACUUAGUGGUGCGCAGAAGUUUGCGACCAGGAUUUUGAAUCGUCCAGCUUGUAGACCCCAGUUUUUGCUCCUGCUAUUUUGGAAUUUGGAGCUGGGAUGUGAUUGUUCUGAAUAGGAGUUGAUUGGAGAAGCUGGAAAAGUUUACAUUUCAGCCUUUAUGGCUCUCUUGUCAAGAGAGCUUCGGUGGGUAGGGCGUGGUCCAGUGGUAAACCACCUCUCUCACAUGUGCAGAAGGAGCCGAGGAGCGUCAGUAAGAUUAUUGUCAAGUCUUAGAGGUGGGGGGAUCAAUGUGAGGUUAACUGCGAAUCGGAAUGGGAGAUUGAAGGGAGAGAAGCGGCGCAGACCAAGGAUUGGUGUUUGCCAUGCCGCCCAAGAGUCUUUGUAUGAGACUUUAGGAGUGCCAUCCACAGCUACAGAGAAAGAGAUUAAGCGGGCAUACAGGGCGUUGGCAUUGAAAUAUCACCCUGACGUUAAUAAACAGCCAGGAGCUCAAGAGAAAUUCUUAGAAAUCAAGAAUGCAUAUCAAACUUUGGUAGACAGUGAGAGCCGUUCUAAGUACGAUGGGAGCAGUAGUACAGAAUCGGAUGAUUGGGACCCUUUUCAGUGGGAUUCUCCAUCGAGAUCGGGGCGGAAGCGUACAGAAGAGUUCUAUGGACUAGGCGAGUUAUGGCAGGACUUGCAGGGCUCCUUUGACGAGUUCUUUAGGGACGUGCAGUCUGAUCUAAGAAAGAGAAGUGCUUCAAGAAGCGCAACACCCAAAAGUCUGUGGGAAGAGCUAGCGGAUAUUGGUGAGGAAUUUGUGGAGUUCUUAGAGAAGGAGCUGAUGAGUGAUGAUGAGGAUGAAAGGGGUUACUCAAGCUCCUGGAAUCGAAACCAAGAGAAGGGAGAUCGAAGCUCUAGAUCAAGGUCGAGUAAUACAGGUAGCAGGCCUCCUCGGUGGGAUGACUCCUCUGAUGAACGAACUAAAAACGUAGAAACCCACAUAGCUGAAAUUGAAGAUAUGCUUGAAAAAUUGAAAAGGGACAUGGAGAAAUAACCUAAAAUUUAUGCAUGAUUCUUAAUCCGUAGUAAUGAGUACAAUAUAGCUAACCAUUGCUUCGUUCAUUCAAUUACUAUCAGCCUGUAACUUAUCCGAUAUGAAACCGGUUUAAAAGCACACA